AUGAGGCGUACUUAUCGUUUAUUGAAUCCCAUCACAUUCGCCAAAGUCGACGAAAACAACUUCGUGAAGCCUACAACACAUUUCGAGCACGGAACAAGGAAGGUUUUUUGGGCAGAUCGCGCUAUGCUUGUUAACAGUGCCAUUGCGGCCAAGAAGUCGGCGGUUAUGAUUCAGGAAGCAAGUCUUCAGGAAGCAAACUCUGGGCUCCAGAGAUACCCUUCUGACUUGAACUCCAACUAUGUGGAUGUGGACAUUGUGACUGAGAUAGAGGCGGAGGUCACCUCCGAGAUUGCAGAUGGAGACCCUGGUGAGGUUGACGUGACCAACGAGGAACUUACGCGUGCAAAGUUGACCCCCUUCUACGACCUGAUCCCCUAUGUCUUCAAGAAGGCGUUCACCCUUGCACCCAUGAUUAAGUCUGAGUCACUAGUACCUUCGCUCUCAUUAAGGCUGCCGGCCAUUGAAGCGUUAUUGUCGGAACUUUUGUUGGGGUUGUGUCCUGGUCUGGAUAAAGAUUUAUAUGCUGAGACAAUGCUUACAGGAUUGCAAGCCAAGAUCAGGGAGCUUCUUGGAAAUUCAGUCAAGGAGACCGGCAUAAAAGCCAAAGAACAAAAAGCAGUUCACGCGGUGCCCAUGAGCGUGUGCCACAUCUGCCCAUCGCUGACCACAGAGCAGUUCGUACCCCCAACCUCUGAACACGUUUUUGUGUCUACCUGGACACAUAUUAACGUACUUCUCUAUGGCAGCAAAAUACGCCCCAUACCGGGGGAGCUGGUGUCGACGGCAGCUCGAUAUUUCCGCUUGGUAGUCGAGGAGGAGUUUGGGACGGACGAAUAA